CAGGGGGCACUGCUCCACCCCAAUCAUCGGAGUCCUGCUAUCAAAUAGAAAAGAAGAAAAAAAACACACACAUAAAAAAACAUUGCAUCGGAAUGCAGACCCCGGCCCUUCAAAGGCUGAUUUCCACGCGGAAGUUACGAAUUAUGCGCGGGGCGCUCACCACCUCUGCCCAAAAAACUCUCCGUCCUCAGGUAGAGAUUCUGUUCGCUUGCAAUAUUGCUCCUGGAAGCGGCAAUGUCCGGAAUCGCAUCUAAACUGCAGCGCAACCGCACCCGGGCGGAGGGUCUCGGCUCGAACAGCCAGGCUGUGCCGUACCUGGAUCAGGACUACGAGGCGCUGAAACGGCAGUGCCUGGAGAGCGGCACGCUCUUCGAGGAUGACAAGUUCGGCGCGACCGUCUCCUCGCUGGGCUACGAUGAACUCGGACCUGACUCCUACAAACUUGAAGGCGUUGAGUGGAAGAGACCAACGGAACUGACUCCCAGUCCACAGUUUAUUGUUGAAGGAGCAACAAGAACAGACAUCUGUCAAGGAUCUCUUGGUGACUGCUGGUUACUGGCAGCUAUCGCUUCUCUCACUCUGAAUAAAGAGGUGCUGAAUCGGGUGGUACCACACGGACAGAACUUUGAUCACAGCUAUGCCGGGAUAUUUCACUUCCAGAUCUGGCAGUUUGGUGAGUGGGUGGAUGUUGUCAUUGACGACCGGUUGCCAGUGAGGAAUGGGAAGCUGUUGUUCGUGCACUCAGCAGAGGGCUCCGAGUUCUGGAGCGCCCUACUGGAGAAGGCCUACGCCAAGGUGAACGGCUGCUAUGAGGCGUUGUCGGGCGGCUCUCCCACUGAGGGCUUUGAGGACUUCACGGGGGGCAUCGCUGAGCGCUACAAGCUCAGCUCCCCGCAGCCCAACCUCUACAGGGUCAUCCAGAAGGGCCUGGACAGAGGAGCUCUGCUGGGCUGCUCCAUCAACGCCACUGGAGAUGAAGCCCCUGAAUCAGUGACAUCAAAGCAACUGGUGAAGGAACAUGCCUACUCCAUAACAGGAGCAGAGGAGGUUAAAUGCUCUGGUGAGAUCAUCAGACUGAUUCGUGUGCGUAACCCCUGGGGAAGGAUUGAGUGGACAGGCCCCUGGAGCGACAGAUCUUCCGAGUGGCAGCUCAUCAGUCUUGAAGACUCAGAGAGACUCAGACACAAAGCCGAGGACGGAGAGUUUUGGAUGGCCUUCUCGGACUUUCUGGAGCAGUUCUCGGUGGUGGAGGUGUGCCACCUGACCCCAGACACGUUGACGGACAGCCGGUGUAAGAAGUGGGACCUCAACGCCUUCGACGGCAACUGGAGGAGGGGAUCCACUGCCGGGGGGUGCAGGAAGUUCCCCAAGACGUUCUGGAUGAACCCUCAGUUUGUGAUCCGUCUGGAGGAGGAGGACGGUGACGGGGAGGCGGGCUGCAGCUUCCUGGUGGGACUCAUGCAGAAGAACCGGCAGAGACGAUUCAGGACGGGCCAGGACAUGCACACCAUCGGCUUCACCAUCUACGAGGUCCCUGAACAGUUUGUCGGCCAGAGGAAUGUCCACCUGGAGAGGACGUUUUUCCGUCGGCACGCCCAGAAGGCGCGCUCGGAGACCUUCAUCGACCUGCGGGAGGUGGUCACGCGGUUCUGCAUGCCGCCCGGCGAGUACCUCAUCGUUCCGUCCACGUACGAGCCCUACAAGGACGGAGACUUCUUUGUGCGCGUGUUCUCCGAGAAGCACGCCGACUUACAGGAGCUGGACGACCCUAUAGAGUUUAAAGUGGAAGAGGAGGAGGAGAUCUCAGAGGACGAGGUGGACGGGACAUUCAAAACGCUCUUUGGGAAGCUGUCGGGAGAUGACUCUGAGAUAUCAGCUUUUGAACUGAAGAACAUUCUCAACAAAGUAGUGUCCAAACGCCCUGAUAUUAAGGCAGACGGCUUUGGCCUGGAAACGUGCCGCAACAUGAUCAACCUACUGGACAAAGAUGGCAAUGGGAAACUUGGUCUGGUGGAGUUUAAGACACUGUGGACCAAGAUAGAGAAAUAUCUGAAGAUUUAUCGUCAGCGAGAUGAGGACGAUUCUGGCACCAUGAGCUCAACUGAGAUGAGAGCAGCUGUUGAGGAAGCUGGUUUCUCUCUGAAUAAUCCUCUGCACCAGCUCCUGGUGGCCCGUUUCAGUGACACUGACCUCACCAUCGACUUUGACAAUUUUGUGAGCUGCCUGAUACGGCUGGAGUCCAUGUUCCAAAUAUUUCAGACUCUGGACACGGAUGGUUCAGGAAAAGUUGAGUUCAACAUGUUUCAGUGGCUGUAUUUGACCCUACUGUGAAUUUCAAACCAAAUGACCAGCAGGGCGGCGCUCUCCACUCGCUCCAGUUACUUCUUCUGGACACUGUUACUGUAGCCUACUGCCCCAUCACCCUGCAAAACACUUUUUAUUUGUUUUUGCUGAUUGCAUUGGAGUUAGACCAUGACACAUAUCAGAGGGGGAAAACUCCAGCUUCAGAGAGUAAAAGUCUGAUUGUGUAAUUGGUUCUACCUGUGCACUUAGCACAGGCGAUCUCGUCAAUUAGCUGCUCUAUCUAGCUGAAGAGUUGUGCUAAUUAGAUUAAAUUAAUGG